GCGCAGGAUGAGCGGGCGCCCCCCCGCGGCCGCCGGCGCAGCGCCCCCGCGCCAUGGAGGGAUUCCCCGCCCGCGGGUACGGCACCGGCGGCGCGGACAACCGGCCGCUCUUCGGGGAGACCUCGGCCAGGGACAGAAUCAUCAAUCUGGUUGUUGGUGGCUUAACAACCUUGCUGCUUGUAGUCACUCUAAUCAGUGCUUUUGUCUUCCCGCAACUACCUCCAAAACCUGUGAAUGUAUUUUUUGCUUUCUGCAUCUCCUUGUGUUGCAUUUCUGCUGGCAUUCUUAUCUACUGGUAUCGACAAGGAGACCUGGAACCCAAAUUUAGAAAUCUAAUUUACUACAUAUUGUUUUCUAUUGUCAUGUUAUGUAUAUGUGCCAACCUGUACUUCCAUGAAGUGGGUAAAUGAAGGACACUGGGAAUACCCAGCAAUGAUGCUGCUGUGUCAGACUGCUUCCAGCUCAGCUCUCAGCUCUACUCGAGACAUUUAAGUGAGAACCAUCAGCCUGAGAGGAAAGAAGUGGGUUGUGCAAGGAUCUAUCAGUACAUGAUUUUCAUGUAAAUGUAUAUGUAAUGUCCCUCUUGUUGGGGAGAAUUAUUGCCAUAAGACGUGACAUUCUGCUUUUUUUUGAAGAGCUACUGUUGCGCUUAAUGAACAUUCCAGUUGUACUGAUGUUUCAGAAUGGCACAAGCUUUUUCAUUUUGGAAAAAACUGCACUUUUUUUAUUACUGUACAAAUAAACUGCAGCACUGAAAAGAUCUGUGGCAGUAUAAAUAAAUGGCAUCUUACAGUCAA